CGAAGGGGGCGUGGCGCGGGUUCACGGGUGUGUCUCAGACCACGCCCACACGCGUAUAGGUGAUCCGCCCAGGUGUGAAAGUCACCGAGCGUUUUCAGCAGAACAAACACACCGGACAGACACGAAAGGACACGGAUCCACUCCACAUUCAACGCAGUGUGUUUCUGAAGAGGACAGAGAGACUGUAAGGAGACUUGAGAAACUAGAGUAACGGCAGAACGAGAAACAGCACGUGAGCCGACAGCAAUAACAGGAGGCUGUGACGCUCGGAUCUGAAGAAAUCUUGCAUUGUGAGAGUGUAAAGACGGGAGCAGGCCCUGAUUGAGCUCACUAGGACGAAACUAAACCAACCGCGUAACAAACUGACCAACGGGAUGCCAGGAAUGAGUGCACAGGAAACCAGCACGGCAAAAGAGAGGAAAGACACGCCGCGCGUCUCGAAACACAAUGCAGACGCUUCGAAACGAUCGCCCAAAGCGAAGAGCCUCACGCUGGAUGACGAGGACUGGAACUGGACGUCCGGUAAGAAGACGCCGCUGAUCGGCGGCUCCAAUCUGACGCGCUCGGGAAGCGUUAAAGAUCUCAUAUUCCGGUUCGACGGGUCGACGCCGACGCCACCGCCGCGCCUCGGGUCGCUAAAGAUCAAACGGCAGGAAGUGAGCGCACAGGAUUCUGGGAAAAUGAAACACGAAAGCAGAGACAGGGGGAAUAAUCAGAAUCCGGUCUCUAGCGAACCAUCGGAAGCAAAAACGCAAGAAACGUCUGAGCAGAAACGGCACUCAGAAAAGAAGAGCGAUGAGAAACACGGCAGCAAAGAGCAAAAGUGUCAGCGCAGUAAAGACAAGCCGCACGCUUCUCAUCCCGCUGCGCAUUCCAACGUAAAUGGCGAGAAGCAGCACAGCGCUCCUCAGUCCGAGGACGAGCCCACGACCCCCAAAAUCCGCCCUAACCCCAAGUACCAGCUCUUCCUGGGCUCCAACGGCACCAGCGGCUCCAACAGCUCGGUGGGGAACGGCAGCGGCCCUCCCGGCGGCGGGACCAACGGGAACCUCAUGAGGGUCAGUUCAGUGAUCCGCGGAUCCAUGGAGUCGCUCUCGUCCCGGGACUGGGACAGCAUGUCUGACCGAACGGGCGGCUUUGAAAGUCCUCCACGAGUUUUCAACAGCCCCUAUUCGAAUCUCUCCUUGGACUACAGUCCUGUCAACAGAAUGUCUGACUUCAAGACACAGGAAGUGAUGUCGCCCACCGUCUCUGAGAUGAACCUGUUUGGUCUGAGAAGCGCGAGUCCCGUUACUCCCGUUAGUCCGGCUCUGAGCCAUCGCACACGAAUCCCCGGAUAUGACAGUCUGACCCGCAGACGAGACGCGACUCCAAGUCAGCUCAUGCAACGAAACAACCAGCCGAGCAAACUGGAUUUCAUCCAGGAACUGACCAAACAGCUGGACGACUGUCGCAGGAGGAACCAGUUUCUGGAAGCGGAGAGCAUCGAGAUGGAGAAGGAGAGGAACCAGAUCCGCUUCGAGAUGCGAGGUCUGCUGGUGAACAAUGAGGAUCUGCUGCGGACAAACACGCAGAUGCAGGGCGAGAUGAACCGCCUGCGCGAGAAGAUCGUGGAGUUGGAGAGCAACAACAACGUCAUGCUGGAGCGCUUCAGAAAGAUGGAGAAAGAGCUGAAGGAGGCGCGGGAGGUGAUGGUCGAGGCAAACACUCAGGAAUACGCCUUCAACUUCCUGCAGCAGACGCUCAAGAACAAAAUACAAGACACUGAGGAAGCUCUGGAGAAACAAACUCAACAUGCUCAGACUGUGUCUGAAAAACUGUGGCUCGCUGAGAGAAAUCUGGAGGAACUGGAGCUGGAGAAGGAAACAAAGGCCAAGAAAGCUCUAGAACUCAGCAACAAUGUUUUCAGACUGGAAACAGAGCUGGCAGAUGCUCUGCAGGAAGGGAACCAGGCGCGAGCGGAGCUGAGUUUGCAGCAGAAGCUGCGGGCCGAAGUUCAGCUGCGGGUGGAGGAGCUGGAGGAGAGCGUCCUGGAGAAAGACCAGGAGCUGCUGCGCCUCACACAGAUCGUCAGCAGACUGCAGGGAGAGGUGACGGAUAAGCUGAGCGACAAGGAGCAGACGCUGGAGGAGGAGAUCCAGCUGCGUGAGCGCGUGCAGCUGCAGUGCAAACAGGCCGAGAGAACCGUGGAGGAUCUGCGCAUGGAGCUGCAGACGCUCAGCCAGUCCAGAGACGAGCUCUCCAAACAACUCAAACUGGCACAGGAGAAGAUCAUCGAUCUGGAGGGAGAUCUGGAGGAGAUGCAUGAGAACGAGCAGCGAUCGGUGUCCAAGCACAAGAGAGCUCUGGAUCAGUCGGAGCAGCUGCAGAUGAAGCUCAUCCAGGAGAAGGAUCUCAACGAUCAGCUGGAGUGUGAGAAGGCCAUCCUGGAGAGACAGCUGCGGGACCUGCGCAUUGAGAUGGAGGAGCUGCAGAAUAACAGAGUGGAGGUGGAUUCAAUUACCAGAGCCGAGAUUAAAGCCAAAGAGCUGGAGAACUCACUGCGGGCUGAAGAGAGGAAUAAAAUGGUGUUGACCAACACCAUCAGCAAACUAGAGAAGAAGAUCCACGAGCUGACAGAGCAGAUGGAAGAAGAGCACAAGAUCUCCACCGAACAGAGAGAACUGAUGACGCAGCGCAUCCGUUCGCUGAAGCGGCAGCUGAACGACGCCGAGGAAGAGGCGAGUCGACGGGACGUCCAGCACCGACACACACACAGAGAACUGAUGGAGGAGAGAGAAGCCAACAGCCGCCUGCAGAGACAACUGCUGGAUAAACAACUGCUCAACAACAGGAGGAUAGAUUCGAGACAAACUCUGGAGAACCUGAAGCUGAAUCUGAGCGAUGAUGAAGACGAGGAAGAGAAGCAACAGACCGAAUCCAAAUCCACAGACAAACAGAUCACUCAGGUGUGACCGGACCGGACCGAAGCUAAAACUCUUUUAAAAAACUGCCAAAACGUAAUCAAUCUGGAUCUGCUGUCAAACUGUUUCCCUUCAAAUAUCAAAGACUUCAAAGCGGAUCACAGAAACCACUGGAGUCCGGGAUCCAGAGACGCUCCGUAUGAGAAACGCUGUGGAAAAGCCCUUUCCUGUGGACUGAUGCUCUUAGGAUUGUAAUUUUAAGUACUUACAGCAGAAUCUGCUUGACCGUCGCUGCCCAAUCUGGUUUGAUGUGGUUUACAGUAAGCUGUCGUGUGCAUUAGUUCUUUAUUAAGCUCUCCGUUCUCGUUUCUGUUGUUGUUCUUCAGCUCAAUCAGCCGUUUACAUUAUGCCUAUAUUAAUAUAAUCGACAUAGGAAUGAAUACUGAUGAUGAAGUGUUUAGACAUUAAUUCGGGAGUGUAUUUGCCUGCGUUCAGCUGCUGAUAUUAUUCUUCUGAAGGUUAUUAAGGGAAUGCUUUUAUUAAGUGUUAAUGAUGCUGUGUGUCUUUCACUCAAAUACAGCAGCAGUUUGUGCUCCUGGGUGUUUGUAUGUAGUUCUGAAUUUAAGCUGGAACUAUCAAAUGGUAAUAAAAUAUUAUAAAACCAA